UCCUGAUUCUUCUCUCUUGUGGUGCAUUCUGGUAUAGUUAUACUGCGACUAUAAGCUAAAUCAUCUUAGUAGUUUAAUAUAACACAAGUUUAUUUCUUGCUCAUGCUAUGUAAUUGUCGUGAGUCAGUUAUAUCAGACACUCAUGGUUCCUCACAGCCACUUGAGAUCAUUUUCAAAAGAGAACUGACAGAGGCCAUAUAUUGGACUCAGAUUGUCUGGACACCAGUGCUGAAGUGGGAGAGCAGAGAACAAGUACGAAGACUGGGGAUCGCACAGACUCAACUUUGCACCCUACUUUAUCAUUCCAUUAGUUCUGUGGCCUUGGGCCACGGGGACUUGAAAUGUCUACUUCCUGUGUCCUCUGGAAGUUGUCAGAAACAAUGUUUGUCUUGUUCACCCUGGUAAUGGGUGUUUCUGCCUUUGUUCUUCAGCCUGUAGAACCCAGAGUGACUGCAGGAAAUUGCCAAUUUCGUGGCAAGCAUUUCAAAAGUUACUUCAAAGUGGAAGGGGAACCUGUGAUCCUGAGGUGUCCCCAGGUGCGAAGUUGGUCGUGGGCCUCAUCCAGCGCCCACAUCAACUUGACAUGGCGUAAAAAUGAUUCUACUGGGUUGGUGCCAGAGGAACAGACGCGAGUGCGGGUGCAGGACGGUGCUCUCUGGAUGUUGCCAGUCUUGCAGGGGGACUCUGGUACCUACAUCUGCACUGUCAGAAAUGCUUCCUACUGUGAUGAAAUGUCCAUUGAGCUGAAGGUGUUUGAGAAGACAGAAGCUUCCCUGCCUUUCAUGUCAUACCCGCAAAUCCUAAUCUUAGCAUCCUCAGGGUCAUUAGUUUGCCCUGAGUUGAGUGAAUUUACCCAUGAUAAAACUGACACAAAACUUCAGUGGUACAAGGAUUCUGUCCCUUUGGAUCAAGAUAGCGAGAAGUUUGUUAGUAUGAGAGGAAACACUCGCUUAAUCAUAUCCAAUGUAUCUGUGGAGGAUGCUGGCUAUUACACCUGUGUCAUGAAAUUUGCCUAUGAAGGCAAGCAAUACAACGUCACUCGGAAUAUUGAACUACGCGUCAACAAAAGACAAGAAGAGAAAAUUCCUGUGAUUAUCUCCCCCCACCAGACCAUAUUGGCUUCACUGGGGUCAAAACUGACUAUCCCGUGUAAAGUGUUUCUGGGAACCGGCACACAAUCGACCACCAUGCUGUGGUGGCUCGCCAACAACACCAACAUAGAGAGCACCUACCAGGGAGGCCGCGUGACAGAGGGGCCACGCCAGGAAUACACAGAAAAUAAUGAGAACUAUAUUGAAGUGCCACUGAUUUUUGAUCCAGUCAUAAAAGAGGAUUUGAACAUGGAUUUUAAGUGUGUUGUCUUUAAUACACUGAGCUUUCAGACGCUACGAACCACAGUCAAAGAAGCUGCCACAUUCUCCUGGAAGAUUGCACUCGCCCCCCUGUCCUUGAUCUUGUUGGUUUUAGGAGGAAUAUGGAUACACAGACGAUAUAAACGCAAGAAUAGGAAAUCAUGUGCUUUGGCGAUGUUGAAGACUGUCGGUCAAGAUUUUCGAUCUCAUUCAAGAAAUAAAAAGGAAAUGAAAUAAUUCAAAUACAAAUCAUAUCCUUAUUAAAACAGCUGUACUCUUUCCCUUAGUUGUUUAACAAACCUGCUGUAUUUAUAGUGGAUUUUGUAAUAAAGGUUUGAAAUAAUACAAUUUUUC